AUGGAGUACAUAAUUUCUUAUGAAAAACCUGAACAGCGGGACGGAGUGCGGCAAACUCGGGAAGGAGCUGCCGGAUCCCUCGGUCUGGAUGCCCCCCUCCGGGCUCGCUCGGGACCCCCGCGCAGUGAGGACCUUUGUCCGCGCCCGGCCACCGUCNCGCGGCCGGAGGAGGACUGGGAUUCUGCUCUGUUUGCUGAACUUGGCUGUUUCACAGACACCGAGGACCUGCACUUGGAAGCAGCAGAUGAAGCUUAUGAAAACAAUUUUGAUAACCUUGAUUUUGAUUUGGAUUUGAUGGCAUGGGAGACAGGCAUUUGGGACACCAACAGCCAGUUCUGUACAGUUAAAGAUAUUAAGUCAGAACCUCAGCCACUUUCUCCAGCCUCCUCCAGCUGUUCGGUGUUGUCUCCCCAGUUAGCGGACUCCUGUGCUUCCACUCAGCACGUUCCUGAGGAGCUGGAUUUAUCUUCCGCCUCCCAAAUGUCUCCCCUUUCCUUCUAUGGAGAAAGCACCAACAGUCCCUGCUCAGCCGAGCCACCGAAGGAAGACAAGCCCGUCACAGGUUCCAGGAGCAAAACCGAAAAUGGACUGACUCCAAAGAAAAAACUUCAGAUGAAUUCAAAACCUUCAAUUCAGCCCAAGCCUUUGUUGCUUCCAGCAGCACCCAAGACUCAAACAAACUCCAGCGUUCCUGCGAAAACCAUCAUUAUUCAGGCACUUCCCACACUGGUGCCGUUGGCCAAGCAGCAGCCGGUUAUCAGUAUACACCCUGCACCCACUAAAGGUCAGACUGUGGUGCUGUCUCAGCCUGCUGUGGUACAGCUGCAGGCGCCCGGAGUCCUGCCCUCUCCCCAGCCUGUCCUGGCAGUCGCCGGGGGAGCUGCACCGCUUGCUAAUCACGUGGUCAGUGUGGUACCAGCCUCUGUGGCCAGUAGCCCAGUGAAUGGAAAACUUUCUGUGGCUAAACCUGUCCUACAGAGUACUGUGAGAGCUGUGGGUUCUGAUGUGGCCGUGCUGAGGAGGCAGCAGCGGAUGAUCAAGAACCGGGAGUCGGCCUGCCAGUCCCGCAGGAAGAAGAAGGAGUACAUGCUGGGGCUGGAGGCGCGGCUGGAGGCCGCCCUGUCCGAGAACGAGAAGCUGAGGCAGGAGAACGGGUCGCUGAGGCGGCAGCUGGACCAGGUCGUGUCAGAGAACCAGAGGCUUAAGGUUCCCAGUCUGAAGCGAAGAGCCAUCUGUGUGAUGGUGCUGUUGGUGCUGGUUGUCUUGAACUUUGGACCCAUCAGCAUAUUGGAACAGGAUUCCAGGAGAAUGAAUCCUAGUGUGAACCCUGCAAAUCAAAGGAGGCAUCUUCUUGGAUUUUCUGCUAAGGAGGAGCAAGACCCACCUGACAGCAUCAUCAGGAAAGACAGCUACAGCUAUGACCAUUCUGUCUCCAACGACAAAGCCCUGAUGGUGUUGAGUGAGGAGCCAGUGCUCUACCUCCCGCCCCCGCCGUGCCAGCCGCUCAUCAACACCACGGAGUCCCUCAGGUUAAAUCACGAACUCCGAGGGUGGGUUCACAGACACCAAGUGGAAAGGACCAAGUCAAGAAGAACGACCGGCACUCAGCAGAAAACGCGCAUCCUUCAGGGUGCUCUGGAGCAGGGCUCCAGCUCUCAGCUCAUGGCUGUCCAGUACACAGAGACCACCAGCCUCAGCAGGAACUCGGGGAGUGAGCUCCAGGUGUACUACGCUUCCCCCAGAAGUUAUCAAGACUUCUUUGAUGCCAUCCGCAGAAGGGGAGACACGUUUUACGUCGUGUCAUUUAGAAGGGAUCACCUGCUGUUACCAGCGACCACCCAUAACAAGACCACGAGACCAAAGAUGUCCAUUGUGUUGCCAGCAGUAAACAUCAAUGAGAAUGUUAUCAAUGGGCAGGACUAUGAAGUGAUGAUGCAGAUCGACUGCCAGGUGAUGGACACCCGCAUCCUCCACAUCAAAAGCUCGUCUGUUCCACCCUACCUCCGAGACCAGCAGAGGAACCAGACCAGUACCUUCUUUGGGUCCCCACCCACAGCCACGGAGGCGGCCCGUGUGGUCAGCGCCAUCCCGGAGUCACUGCAGUAGCACUGGGCUGCAUGGGAAACCAACUGGGACCCUGCAGGCUGGGGAGGGGCGACGGGUGCUUCCUCCUGCCUUCCCGGUGGCACUGCCUUCCCAUGGUACCCAAGAACUGCCUCGUGAUCGCGUUUGGGGACAGAGAGAAAAGGAGCUGCUCAUGUAUGUGUCCGCCCAUCCCCUGGGAAUGCCUGGGAUUCAGACGCAGGCCGCCUUUCUCCUGGCCGCGUAGCCCUUUCCCUGCAGUGUGGCCUCAAGUAGACCCCACACUUUCCUGAGCUGCUUCUCCCGCUGUGUGUGUUGUGUUCAGUCUUCAUCUUUCACGUCAGAGCUGCUUCCCUCUCUGCCCUUUCAUGUGUCGACAGUUCGUCACUGCCCAGGUUCCUGACUAAUUCACCGCAAACCCACUGUGCACACUAUGCUCAUUGGAAACAGGUUUGAAAACCAGAACAGCCAGAUGCAUGCCCCAGAAGUCAGAACGUGCAGAGCCUCAGGGAAAAAGGGAAAGCCUAUCAGUGGCACUUGUCCGCACUCGCUGUCCACGGUUCACACCCCAGCCCACACACACUUGCCUGUUGGGGGCCUGGCGGGUAGCAAGUCUGAGAGAAUGAGGUGGAAGGAACGGGCCAGUUGUGGGUCCUGCUACACAUGCUUGGACACUGAGUGUCUGGCGUGACUGCUGCCUGCGGGCAGAGCCUCGCUCCCGUUUCUUCUGUGGACUGGAGGCCACUGAGUGUAGCACCCUUGGUGGGUCUUCUCCCUCAUGACUGGAGCUGAUGCCAGGACCUCAGAAUGGACCCCGCCCCCACCUGUCACACAGUGACACCUCCUCAGCUGAGGACAGGCGGGCAGGCGGCUUCAGAUGAAGCAAAUGAGAGCUUUGCUGCUUGAGAACUGAGGCGUUUUAUUCCCGAAGCCCAACUGUGCAGAUGGGCAGCCUGGGCUCCUGCUGGGGGUGCGUCCUGUCAGACGGCCAUCGUGUCAGCGCUCCAGCGAAAAGACAACAUUCUGUCCUCCACGGUCAGAGGGAAGAGCAGAACUAAAACUGCUGCCCUUAUUUCCCACUGGGGCUGCCCUGUUCCUAAGGCGGGUCUUCCUGCCUGUCCUCCUGCAGGCUCGCGUUUCCUCGUGGAACUCGCUCCACCAGCACUCUGCUCACCUCUUCUCCCUCGUCAGACCCUUCCCUCCCCUCCACACACUGUUCCCUCCCCUCCACACACUCUUCCCUCCUCCAUACUAUCAGUGCCCCUUUUCUAAGAGAUGGACAAAGAUUCUGAGUCCAGGAGAUACCAGCAGCUCGUGGGCUCUGUCUGGGAAUUGGCGAGGCUCUGACAUGCUGGGUGGGUGCCUCUGCCCAAGCAGGUGAGAUGUUUCCAAGGACUCGGUUUAACCCUGUGAGGGGAUGGGGCACUGCUGCUCUGCUGCCCGGGAAGCUGGCAUGUGACGCAUGGAAUCAGCUGUUCCCUUCCCAGUGCAGACCUUUGGGGUCCACGUGGCACCCCUCUGACCUGGUGUCCUGGGUGAUGUUCUGGCAGGGCUGUUCUCUCUGGGGCCACUCGCACUUCUAGUGGGUGCCUGUGCCUGGUCCUUCUUGUCCUGUGUCCUGUGAGCAGGCCGAGGGAGGGGCUGUAGCUGGGGCUCCCAGGCAGUGGCCGUGGUGGUGCAGACGUGCUGUGUGAGUGGUCGCAGGGCUCCUUCUGCACUGAACCACGUGGACGUCUCCCCCUCCCUCUCCUCCUUGGCUUUGACAUGAUCUAUCCACUCCCAGCACGUCCUGUGCCCGCUGACCUUUGCGUCAGAUGAGGCCGUCUUGCAGGGGGCGACGUGGGGUUCGGGUGGCAUCAGGACAAGGAGCGGGUUGGACAGGCUGUGCGGUGACGUCAGUGGGCUGGGAGCACGCACUUCUCAGGGC